AUGAAUUUUUUCAAUCCCUUCUCCCGCCAAGGGGCUCAAUGGACCUUUGUCGGACAUUCUUCAGAAUUUCCAGAUGUAGAUGACGAUGCGGGCAAUCUAGCAAAGCACCGUCUGUGCAACGCAAAAUCAAUACCGGGAUGCAAGGCUUUUCACAUCCCAAAGGAGGAUGCAUCUUUGUCGAAAGAGGUAGAAGUCGGAGAUGAUGCGCUGGGACAAACACUCGAAGAUCAAGUCCUCGUCUUUCAAUACAAAGGAAAAUUCCACGCAGUUGACCAUUCUUGCCCACACAGCCAGUUCCCUCUCUCAAGAGGCACGCCUUUCGACAUUGAGGACUUUGGCGUUACUCUCAGCGUAGGCGUAACAUGUCCCAAGCACGAUUGGUCCUUUGAUCUCUUUACCGGGAUGUCUGAUCGAGGGAGUUACAAGCUCAAGACAUGGGAAGUUCAAAUCCGAGACGCCAAAGCACAAGAAUCUACUCCAGUGGACGCAGACAUCGAGAAAAAGAAGGACAGUGAAGUCUGGGUGAGGAGAAAGCAGAGGAUAGGUUGA